UUUAGAUUUACUUUUGCAAUUAAUGUUAACGGAUAAUUCGACGCGUCGUCUGUAUCGCGAACCGUUAGAUGGCGAUUCUGGUAUCAGCUCGGAGGAACGGAGAACGGAUGUUGCUGCGGCUUAGUACCGCGCAGUCGAUCCGCGAACUCGAAAGCUGCCGCGAAGUAACGCGAGUCGACCUUUGACUGCGUUUUCCAUGAACUUUUGUGAGUCACUCGGUGGCAAAGAGCUCGCGACAGCUCUCUACAGAGAACAAUAUAGAUGAGCAUCUUUAUUUCACCUGAAACGUUGCCAGUCCCUUCGGAGUAAGGAUCUGAUGAAAGAUCGAACCAUGGGCCGCACAGGAUACACGUGCAUCAGGCACGUUUUCUGCUCCCUCAACGUUCUAAUCUGGUUAUGCGCUUGUGGAAUUUUGGGUGCGGGCCUUUGGCUGCGACUGGCUUACUCCGGAUACGCGACCUUGGUACCGCAGUACAGCUUCGUGUCGGCGGACUCGCUGCUGCUCGCCGCGGGAUGCGUCACAUUCGUCAUCGCCUUCUUCGGAUGCUGCGGCGCGUGGUUCCAGUCAAGAUGCAUGCUGAUCACGUAUUUCAGCCUGGUAAUACUCAUGUUUCUCGCCGAGUUCAUGCUGGGCACCUUGGCGUUCGUGUUUAGAGAACAUCUCGCGAGGAGCUUGAAGGAGGAACUAUUGUACGGCAUUGAGAAGCACUAUAAUAUUACGAGGGAGCCGGGGACACUCUCUGCCAUGUGGGACCACAUACACACGGAGUUUCAUUGCUGCGGUGUACGCGAUUACACGGAUUGGUUCCAAAUCGAGGCGUGGCCCGAGGAGGAUCGAGUGCCGGAUUCCUGCUGCAUGCAGCGGGAACGAUACUGUGGUCGCCUAGAUUCGGAGGGUCGUAAUAAGGAGCUCUGGUACAAGGAAGGAUGCGCGACCGCCAUUCAAAUGUGGCUGGUAACCAGACUUCACGUGGUGGGCACGGUGGGCCUCGUCGUGGCCUUCCUCCAGCUGUUCGGCCAGGUGGCCAGUAUGAUUCUCUUCUGCACAGUCAGGCACAAGAGAUCAUCUCACACGUACAAGAGUUACGACACUACCAACACCUAGAAUUUCAGAUCGAUCUUAGACGAAACCACCGUCUAAGAUCGAUAAUACCUUCCUCCCGUCGCACGCAGCAGAAACGAAUCUUUCGUCGGUAUUGCUUCCUCUCUGAGGAUCCUCAUCGAGAGGAUCUCGCCGAUUUCAAUCGCGCCG